AGGUUGGGACAUGUAUGUGGGGAUGACAGAAUCUAGAAGCAGUAGCAGCAGUGUCUGGGAUCAGAGUGAGCGACCUCUAGCCCUGAGCUUUAGGAGGUAAAAUUUUGACAGAGCUCAGCUGCAAUUCCCGGUCUUGACCGAUCGACAUAUCUUGGACUCCAUGGGCUUCAUCAUCUCGGACAAUGUCAGAGAAGAUCGCAAGCUGCUCAUCGAAGUUGUCUGGUGUCUGCAGACUUGCCUUUUUCAACUCUGAGUGUGGAGUCUGUGGACUUGUACGCGAGAUGAUGAUGACAAGGUAGGGAGAGACUCCUCUUGGUUUGGUUCUCCUAACCGACCCCUUCACUGAUUCGACCUCAGACUGUGAUUCUCAGACAGAAGCAAGAGAACGGAUGAGGUUUGGAUUUUUGUGCAGUUCUCGAACCGAGACAUUGUAAACAGGACAACCUUCAGGUGGCAGAAAAGGAGGGAGGCUGCUGGCAGCUGUGCAGAGCUGAUGUAUUUUCGAAUGCUGGUAAUAUACGAUUAGAGGAUUUUAGAAUCCAGGCUGUUGAAGAAGAAGGAGAAGACAGAGCGGUAACGGAUAUUCUUUUGUUCUGCGCUGCAGCGCAGCUCUGCUAAGCAGGAAGAAUAUAAAAGGAACUUGUACUGAGCACAGAGUAUUUGUAAUCGAAGGUGCAGUUCCCUCAGUGAGACCGAGGAUACCAUUCCUCGGCGUUCUUGACUGAUUUUUGAGAACCAGGGGAGAUGGUUCAGAGAUGGGCAGCUGGUGCUGUGAUUGUCGUGCUGCAGCUGCUAUCAUCCGUGGUCGACGGAGCGAUCCCUGAGCACUUGGUGAAGGAUUUGCCUGGUCUGCCGCCUGUGAAUUUCCAGCAGUACGCAGGCUACUUGACGGCGAAUGAGACCACCGGGCGCAAUCUAUUUUACUGGUUUUUCACUGCAGACCAUGAAAACCCCAGCUCGCUACCACUGGCCAUUUGGUUCAAUGGAGGACCUGGAUGUUCAUCUGUUGGAGACGGGUUGCUGCUAGAGUUAGGUCCAUUCUACGUCACCUCGGAUGGCAACGGAAGCACGGUACUGGAGCUCAACAAUUACAGCUGGAUAAAAGCGGCGAACAUAAUUUUUCUGGAAGCUCCAGUCGGAGUGGGCUUUUCAUACUCAGACUCUCCCUCCGACUACACGCUUUUCACCGAUAAGAGAACAGCUGAGGACAAUCUUCAAUUUUUGCUCGUCUGGUUGGAAAAGUACCCCGAGUACAAGAAGAACGACUUCUACCUUUUAGGGGAAAGCUAUGCAGGACACUACGUCCCGACCUUAGCAAAGGAGAUAGUGCACUACAACGAAAAUAAGAAACCCAGCGACUUACACAUCAACUUCAAGGGUUUUGCGAUUGGAAAUCCAUGGACCGAUGCUUACGCAAACAAUUUAGGAGCUACAGAGUGGUGGUACUCUCAUUCAUUAAUAUCUCCUCACACUUACGAAGGUAUCAUCACCAACUGUGAUUUUACCAGUGAUCGCCCAGUAGACUAUGGUGAUGAAAAUCCUUUGUGCAACGCAGCAGUACAAGCUUCGGACACUGCUCUGGCAUACAUCGACGCUUACAGUAUCUAUACACCCACCUGCAACACUCCUCGCGAUUUCAAUGGUUCAACAUCUAAAAAGUUAAAGCAGAAAGAGGUGGGUGUCUUGCGAGCUGGCUCGGCGGCUGAUCCCUGUACACCUGAUCCAGUGAGACCAUUCUUGAACUCUGAGGAGGUCAAGAACGCCUUGCAUGUAAGAAGCGACAUCUACUGGACUUCAUGCAGUGACGUGGUGUUUGUAAACUACAGUACUGCAGAUAUUCUGGAAUCUAUGGUGCCUAUAUACGUUGAAUUGAUGAAGAAGAAUGUGAAAAUGUGGAUCUACAGUGGGGACACAGAUUCCGUAUGUCCGACAACCACAGCUGAGUAUUCAAUCAAAGCGAUGAAUCUCACAGUUGAGAUUCCCUGGUAUCCCUGGAACCAUUCAACGCAGGUUGGAGGCUAUACGGAGGUUUAUAAGGGGCUUACAUAUACAACUGUCAGGAAUGCUGGCCACUUCGUGCCAUCAAGCCAACCAGGCAGGGCACUCGCUCUCUUUAAACACUUUCUAGCAGGGUCUCCACUUCCGGCUUUUCAAUAACAAACAUUUGUCAGCUGAAGAAAAGAUUCCAGGAGAUUGAUUAAAGAAAAUAAGGAUACUUCAUCUAUUCUUGUCCAUAAAACGGACAAUUCAAUUCAGGGAUCCACUACUGGCACUUGAAAAGCAUCACCCGUCUCGUUACAGCCUUCACUUGUAAGAUCCGAAAAUUGCAAUCCACCUUCGAUUGCAAACAAAAAUGUCAAAUGGCGAUAUCAAACAUAUUCAUCCUCUGCGUACAUGUCGUUCUGCAGUUCUUGAGCAGGGUGCAAUCCCAGCGUAAUAACUUGGAUGUACAAAUUUCAGAAAGAUGCGCUGAAAUACA